AUGUUGUUAGAAAAAAAUGUGCUUAUUUGGUAUAUUCUGAUAAUAAUCAUACUUUAUAUUCUGCAAGGAUUUAUUCAAGGUUUUACUACAUCGAUUCCAUUAUAUCUAGUUUCGUAUAAAGCAUCAUGGCAACAGCAAGGUACCUUCAGUUGGGUUUCCUAUCCGUUUAGUUUUAAAAUCGUUUGGGCACCUAUCAUCGAUCCAUUUCAAAGUCGUCGAUUUGGACGUUAUCAAACAUGGUUGGUACCUAUACAAUUAAUUAUUGCACUUGUGUAUUUAAUGACAGUAUCAUGCAUUGGAUUUUAUGCACGAAUCAGUGAACCACGUAUCGCUGGAACAUACAUGACAUUAUUAGGAACAAUAUCGAAUUUAGGUCACAGUUUAUCGUCAACAUUGGUACUAUAUAUUGCAAAUUGGUUGCCAAAACCAUAUGCAUAUUCAAUUGAAGUCGGAACUUGUAUUCUACUAGGUUUUAUAUGGAUAGGAUUGACAUGGCGUAUCAUAAGACGUUUGGAUGCAUUACCUGUCGAAGAAUGGUAUUUGGAACCUUCUCUUCUAAUGAUUAAUCAUUCAACAUCUGAAGAAAUAUGA